UUCAACACCCCCCCAUCCAUGCGAGGAUGCAAACCCCAAGCCUGACUCAGCCCGGCGUUCCUGGGAAAAGCCUGACUCACGUGAGCCCAUUUGCCGGCUCAGGGCUUUAAUUACGGGCUGUGCCCAUCUCGGCAGCGUGGGAACGGGGGCCAUUAAGCCCCUAAAAGCUCCCGAUCAUUCCCAAUCCAUUAAUGUCCCUAAUUAGUUAAACCCGGCCGCCUUUUACCUCGCCGGGCUCGCUCGUGUUCUCCGAGCGUGCAGCCACAGCUCCAUUAUGUAACGCUCCCCUCGCUGCUGUAAUCCCAACUCACACCGGGCUCUUCUCCACUCUUGUUUUAUUUCAUUCACUCGCAUGUGCCUCUUCCCCGGAGCCCGUUAGGCAAUGGGCGAGACGGGCAGAGCCGAGUGGGGCUCGCAGCGCUCCUGAUCAGCACGAGGAGCUGCGGGCGCGGUUGGGGGGCAGCGCCCGGGUUUGGGGGCAGCGCCCGGGGCCGUUCGGGGCCGUUGGGGCCGUUGCCGGGGGUUAAAAGCCGUUGGCAGAGCCGGAGCAGCUGCCUGCCCCUUCCCUGGGCUUUGACUUUCAUUCCCGGUCCCCGUGUCCCUUCCUGCCAAGGAAACCAUCUCCACGGCAACCUCCAACCUCCGGGCUGUGCCUCGGAGCCGCUCAGCCGUCCCCAGGACCCCGGGCAGGAUGAAGCUGCUGGGGGCCGUGCUGGUGGCACUGUCGCUGCUCCUGCCGGGCGCCUGGGCCAGCGAGGCCUCCAGGACCUGCAUCUUCCAGACCCUCAGCGAGGCGGACCACGAGUUCUGCAGGGGGGAUUUGGAAAUCAUCUACCCCGAGGUGGGCGACGUGAGCUGCUCCUACAUCCCCAAGUGCCACGAGUACCGCCGCAAGCUCAGCGAGGAGUGGGGCCAGCCCCGCAUCCGCUACCCCUGGGCCAAGAAGAACAAGAAAUACGUCCUGGUGAUGGUGGACCCCGACGCUCCCAACAGAGAGAACCCCCGGCUCCGCUUCUGGAGGCACUGGCUGGUCACCGACAUCCUGGGCUCGGAUCUGAGGGUUGGGAAGAUCAAAGGGAAGGUCCUGACAGAUUACAACCGGCCCAAGCCCGCCCGCUACAGCGGCUACCACCGCUACCAGUUCCGCCUGUACCGGCAGUCACAGCACCAGACCAUCUCCCUGAGCUCCGAGGAGCAGCAAUCGCUGGGCACCUGGGACCUGAAGGAUUUCGUGGAGGAUUUUCACCUGGGCCACCCCGUGGCCGCGACCCAGUUCCUCACCAAAAACUGCAAGGAUUAACCCCGGCCAUCCCUCCCUUGCCCUGCACAUCCCCACAGCCCAGAGCCACCUCUGCCCGGAGCAGAGGGG